AGAGAGAGAGGUAGCAGUCAGUGCAAUGGGAUAGAGGAGAGCGAGGAGGAGGAGGAGGAGAGUGAAUGAGAGCUGCUGGAUCUGCCUUGCCUGUGUGCUUGCCUGUCGUCUGCUGAAGCUGGGUUUACUGCCGCGCCACGCUGCACUGGCACAGAGCAGAGUCACGGCCCAUUUGCACCAGCGUCUGCACUCCCAGCACCAACACAGAGCCACACAGCACCGGUUCUUACCCCAGCGACACCCACCAGCAAGGACAUCCAGGGGCAGAGCUCACCAGGCUUUCUCCAUCACCAAAGGGGGGAAGCAGCAGCUACGAAAGGGGCCUGACGCUACAAUUUAGGAACCAGCUGCUACUUUAACCAAAUCCCCCUCCACCUUAUCCCAUCCUUACCAACACCACCGCCGCUCCUUUCUUGCUUCUCCCUAUGCCCUUGUCCGCGGUGGCUCCUCUCACCUCCCUGGCCAGUAUAUGGAUAGAAGCUCCCUGUUUCAGCUCAUACAAGAGCAGCUGGACCCAGACAACACCGGUUUCAUUGCAGUGGAGAACUUCACCAGCUUGGUGGAGCACCAUGAGCUGCAGCUGGACCCGUCCAAACUGGACAUGCUGUUAGCCCUGGUCCAGAGCAAUGAAGAGGGACAGGUGUGCUACCAGGAGCUCAUCGAGCUGAUGAGCAGUAAGCGCUCCAGCAGUUUCCGACGUGCCAUUGCAAAUGGCCGCCGUACGCUGCAACGGGAGAUCCUGCUGGACGAAACGGGGCUCGGUCUGUACAAACGUUUUGUGCGGUAUGUGGCCUACGAGAUCCUGCCCUGCGAGACGGACCGGCGCUGGUACUUCCACCAGAACCGCCUGUGUCCCCCUCCUGUCUUCAUCGCCAUCGUCACCAUCGUACAGAUUAUUGUGUUCAUGUGCUAUGGCAUCAUGCUGAACAAGUGGGUACUGCAGACCUAUCAGCCCGACUUCAUGAAGAGCCCCCUGGUCUAUCAUCCCGGCCACCGUGCACAAGUGUGGCGCUUCUUCAGUUACAUGUUCAUGCACGUUGGUUUGGAGCAGCUGGGGUUCAACGCUUUACUGCAGCUGAUGAUUGGCGUUCCUUUGGAGAUGGUCCAUGGCAUCUUACGAAUAAGCCUGCUUUACAUGGCAGGAGUGCUGGCCGGCUCACUGACAGUGUCCAUCACCGACAUGCGUGCUCCAGUGGUGGGGGGCUCUGGAGGGGUCUACGCUCUGUGCUCAGCGCAUCUGGCCAACGUCGUCAUGAACUGGGCCGGGAUGCGUUGUCCUUACAAGCUGCUCCGCAUGAUCCUGGCGCUAGUUUGCAUGAGUUCGGAGGUGGGUCGUGCAGUCUGGCUCCGCUUCUCACCGCCGCUGCCCUCCUCGGGGCCCCAGCCCAGCUUCAUGGCACACCUAUCGGGGGCCGUGGUCGGUAUCAGCAUGGGGCUGCUGAUUCUGCGCAGCUAUGAGGAGAGUCUGCAGAAACAGUGCUCUUGGUGGGUCAUCGUCUUCUCCUUCAUCACCUUUCUCCUCUUCGCCAUCUUCUGGAACAUCUUUGCAUAUGAGCUGCUGGGGGUGCAGAUACCGCCGCCUCCCUGAUGAAUGCCCCCCUCCCCCCACAGGUCCUCCUCCACAUACACACUGACUCCAACCCUGCUCCAAACAAAGGCUCCCCUUUGUCCAUAGUUAACAUUUCCUCUAAAGUUAGACCCAAAUGAAAUGAUAUGAUAUCAUUCGAAACUAAAAAAUAACCAAGAAUCCUUUUUUACAGAUACUUUGCAAAUCAAAGAAAUAUGUCUCUUUUAUUAAAGAGGGAUUACAGUAGCAACACGUACAGGUGAACGUUCCUCAGAUCCCUUUUGAGGAGCAUUACAUCUUUUUAUACAUACGUCGAAAUUUCAUCCACAUUACCAGCACUAACCUUUCAGUGAGCAGUUAGCCAUUGUGCUCUUUAUUUCCGAGGUUUUUGAACAGCUGUUUCAUCGGUCGUUCCUAUGAGUGCAUCUUUCAUACACGUAAAGAAGAAUCCAAGUUGAUGCCGCGUGUCUGUGGUGAAAGGCGAAAGGAAACGAGAACUAAAGGAAGGAAAACAGUAGGAGUGUGUGUUGCAGUGGUGACAACGUUGGCAAAACGCAAUAACAAAUGUUUUGUUUCAUGAAGGUUUGCUUAAAGGCACUUAAAAAGAGUAGACACCUGAAUCUGAGACCUAUGGCUAUGCCACAAAUCAAAGCUGCAGCUGCUUUGAACGAAGAUUAAGAGAAGAGUUUCAGGAAAAAAGAGUUUAUUUCUGGGAGCAGCAAUAAAAAAAAAUACAGAAGCACCAAUGGAAUAUGAUUGCUGAUAUGAUUUUUUGCUUCCCCAGCCCUGCUGUAACUCACAGAGGACAUUGGCUUUUUGCAAAAUUGCUGGCUCACUGAUUGAAAAACAAAAACAACAGAUAGAACAAAUUGAGCUGCUAAGAAGGAUCUCCAGUCCGAUUAUGAGACAUCAGUCAAAAUUCUUUGCCCCUGAGUGCAAAUGGCUUUACCACAGGAAGGAGGAAAAAGGGGAGGAGAAAAGAUGUAAAUGUAAGUUUCAUGUGGAUUCUUUCUUUGGCAAUGAGUACCUUAAGAAUUAUCUGUCAUUUUUACUUCAUGGGGUCCUGAAAAAUUAGAAAACGUGCAUUUAUUUAUGUUAUUUUCAUGAUAUUAUACCUACACUGUGGAUACAGACACAUAGUUCACACAACGUAGACAAGAUGGGAAGAUGGGAAGAUGUGAAAUGAAAGUCACCACGUGACAGGAGAGAAGCGAAUAAGAAGCUCAUGAGAAAAUGUGAGCUGAAGUUCCCUGGAGGCUCAUCACUUCAGCGAGUGAACUCCUCCUGUUGCUGUGUCACACUGACCACCAACUUGCUAGGCGCAUCAUGUAAAAUAUGCCAUGUCAUGCUCUGUGCUCUUAGCGAGACACAAACACACACACACACACACACACACACACACACACACACACACACACACACACACACACUGGCCUCUGCCUGUUCUUGCUCUGACAGACUGAACUGGGGAGAGAGCGGAUGUGUCAUCAUCUGACCUCUGACCUUCAUGUCCCAGAGGGCAUCGGGGUCUCUCUGUCAGGCCCGGUCUAUACCUCAGUUUCUCAUUCUUAGGGACUGUAUACUUUUGUAAAGGAAUGUACCUAUAAUGAAAAAAAAAAAGAGUGUUAUUAAGUUGUCCCCAUUUUUCAUUUGAUAGUGGAUGUAUAUCUAGUAUAUUUAUUUGUAAUUUUUUUCCUCUUUGAAGGGAAAAGAGAAACAUUUCAAAUGGUGCAAAAUGCUAUGAUUGUUAUUCUUCUGUAUGGCUUUGACAAAUAGUCUUUGAGGCAGAAUCCCCGGGUUUGUUAGAUGGCCACCAAUGGCUCAAGCUCACUUGAUUUUAUAAAUCGUUAGUGCUUUACAAAAUAAGCCAUAGACAGAACUAAUUGGAGAGGGUAAAAGAAGAGGAAAAAUAUGGUUUUGGGGUUAAAACUUGCUGUUUGUUAGCUACAGUGAAACGUGUACAUGCGUGUGUGCGCGUGUGCAACACAUCAUUUCUUCAUUGUGAAUAUUCAACAGGUGAUGUGAAAGAUGACAAACUGUGCAAAUACAAAAUUAAACUCUGGACUGUUUAGGAUGUUUUCAUGUAGCGAGACACAUUUUUACAACUUGUUCGUCAACCUGUUUGUAGUCAAUGAUGCAGCUUCAUUUUGCAAGUGCCCAUAUCUCCAAACUCUCCCCGGCAGCGCACAAAUGCCUCAGUGCAGCUCUUCUUUUUGCAUAUAACAAAUUAUGGACAGAGCUUCUGUCAUAUAUUGUCUCUAGAGUGAAUCAAACUUUUUUGGAAAGCUGAGGAUAGGAAAGCAAUUACAUUUACUCAUGCUACGUUCCAUUUUUCAGUCUUACAAUCAAUAAUUAAUUUGAAUGUCCAAGACUGCCUGAGGAAAGAAAUGUGUUAUGCAUUUGCCAAUUUUGAUAGUUGGUCAUAAAUACAGUUCUCAGCAUUUGUGUCUACAUGAAACUCAUAGUAACAGGAGACUCUGUAUUGAAUGAGGAAAUCUGUAUGAAAUAGCCAGAAAAAUAGCCAUUUUCAGAUGCAUUAAAAAAGAUAUGUAUAUUAAUGGAUCUUUGAUAGAAACUCUUGUGUAUACUAUGAAAUAAUAUUGCUUGGGAUAGCAAAAAUACAUUGAUGAUUGAUGCAUAAUACCGUGUUAGCUUAUAAUGAAGAUAAAGAGGAUGCCACGGAAGAGGUUAAUGCACCUCUUUAACGGAAGAUUCAUAGGAAUAUAGGGUUGUAAAAAGGGCUAGUAAAUGGCUAUGUUUUAUAUUACAUAUUAACUGUGAAUUUUUCCCCUCCUGGAAGUACGUGCAGGACUAAAAUUGAAGACUUGUGAAUUCUUCUUGCCCCUAAAAAAAGAUACUCAACUGAGUUGUCCUCACACAAAGGGACCUGCCUGGUGUUUGAUUUAUAAUUAUGUAUCUUCUGAAAAGAAAGCAGACACUAGCAUCAUAAACAGAAGAACAGAACUUGAGCAGUGCAUGUAUCUUACAUAAGGAAGGUGGAGGGGGUAAAGUUUUCUAGAUUAGUUUAUUUACUUCUCUGUAAACCAAAUCUCCCUGAGCCAUCCCCAACACACCUUCUAAACAAACUCACAUCCUGUCUGAUACAGGCCUUUCCUGCAUUCAGACUAUUUCUUAAAGGACAGGCGUGAUAGAGGCCUGUGUUGGCAAACCUCAGCAGCAUCGUACGUGCUCUCCCAUCACCUCCAGUGUCAAGAUGAUGCAUGGCUCAUCCGAGGACACACCAGAGCCCAAAGCCAGGCCGUAAACAGGAUAUCAUCCUUUAAUAAGUGGUUCUGACAGGCUGCAUGAUGUUAAUUUAAUUGCUGUCUUUUGAUUGACCCAUUUGUUUUCAUCAGUAUAAGGAAGGCACAGAAGAAUGGCAUGAGCUGAAUAUAUGAGCAGACCAUCAAUAACAUGCAAUCUAUCACCACCCACCACCCCCCUUUCUUUGACUGGUUUCGAUACAGUGCGGUAUGAGAUGAUGUUGUGCCAACUUGUUUGACUCUCAUUCUGUGCUCGUCCGAUUCAAAAAUGCUGCAUACUUGACAUUUCUCUGCUGUUACCUGUUCCUUUAUUUAGUCAUCUGUGGGCCUUUUUUUGCACUUAUUAUAAUGUAGUUCACUGACAUGUUGGCAUGUGCCAUAUUCUCUACUGCCAUAAACAUUCUUUUAAGCUUUUAUACCUCCCUAUGCCAAUCCAUUGUGCUGUUAUGCCCAAUGCCUUGUUAUAAUAUAGCCGCCCAGAACUAAGCACCGGGCAGAAAAAGCUGCUUUGCCAUCAGCUGUACGGUGUAUUAUGAUCAUGCAUAGAAUCCAUAAGAGAAAGAGGCCGCGGUGCAAACAACUGAAAUUGUUAAUAUAGCCAGUAGCUGCUCUGAACAGCUGCUCCCCAAACAAGCCGGCCAGGUUGCCUUUUCUUAGUGUUUAUUGCUACUUAGAUAUACAGUAUACAUGGGUGACUCUCACUGCAGGACUGUGCAAGUAAAGCAGGCGACUGUAGCUCCAGAGAUGAAAUUGUACUUACAGCAACUGUGCAUACAAGGGUUUCACUAAAGACAUUGUACUUGAAAUGCUGGUUUCUAGGACCCCAAAUGUACAAACAUUUGGCCUUGAGAACCAAAUUAGCCUGAAUAUUAUAACACAAAUGUGCAAAAUAUAACAUCUUAAACUGGAUGGGACAGUGCAGACUAACAAGCGUCUGUGAAUCCUGAUGCUUGCAGGUUGUCAUAACUCAACACCUAUCCAUUAUGCUAAAAAUAAAAAGUCUACAGUAUUGAACUUGAUGAAGAUAAGUGAACACAGAUUUUUGUCUACCACAGCUAGAAACAAGCAUACAGUGGUUUGUAACUGCAUUCAGGGUUUGUUUCUAGAGAUGAAGGUGUAUUUUCUGGUUUGUAACAGAGAAUGUUGCUAAAGUCGUAGUUUCCCAGUUUCUAGCUUUGGUACAGAAUAUUUUCAUGUUCACAAAACCUGCCUGAGCCCCUCGAGCUCAUGCAAAUAUCAACAGGUGGUUUCUUUAAAUGAAUCGUUUCCUUCUAAA